GUUCCGAUAACAUCUCUGGGAGCUGUGAGAUCCACUUGCAAAUUAUGGAACGCUCUAACCAAAGAUUGGAUUUUGGGUAAAGCUUCAGCGCCAAGGCAGCCUUUUUUAGGGUUUGUGACGAUGAAUUCAAAGGUUUGUUCACUAAGAUUCCAUCUCUGCCGCAGCAGCAAGGACAAAGAAGAAGAAGAAGAAGACUUGGUUGAUAUAUCUAUAAAACAGGUCGAUUUGCUUAAUCAAGUGGAGAUCUCUAAAGUGUACCACUGCAACGGCUUACUGUUAUGCGUCGUCAAGGACAACUCGAGGCUGGUGGUUUGGAACCCUUAUUUGGAGCAAACAAAGUGGAUCGGACCCAGAAAAGAUUUCCACUGGCUAGACAGCUAUGCUCUCGGAUACGACAUCGACGGUAAGCACAAGAUCUUGAGGUUUUUUGAUAUUUUCGAAGAACGCCCUUCCGUGUACGAAAUCUACGACUUAAGCUCUAGUUCAUGGAGGGUUCUCGAGGUCACUCCGGACUGGGAUGUAGAUCCUUCUCAAGGCGGUGUCUCUGUGAAGGGAAAUACCUACUUUUUUGCUCGUGAGUCAACACUAGCACCUGGCUUCUCUGGUGGAGAGGACCAGGGAAAUGGAGAUGUAAUGAUAGAUUACUCUGAGCUUAAAGAUUUCUUGCUCUGUUUUGAUUUUACAAGAGAGAUCUUUGGACGGCGUCUGCCUCUUCCGUUUCACACUAGUGGUUUAGAUACUGUGACCCUCUCAUGUGUUAGAGAAGAGCAGCUCGCUGUGCUAUAUCAGGAGGAGAGUGGCCAUGAUACGUUAUGUAACAUAGUUCAUAUUUGGGUUACAACUAGGAUUGAGGCAAACUCUGUGUCAUGGAGCAAGUUUUUGAACGUGGAAAUGAGACCAUUCUCACUCACUGGUGUUCGGUUUGACGAAUAUACUGGUGGAAACUUCUUCAUUGACGAGGAAGAGAGAGUCGCUGUGGUGUUCGACAUAGACGGGUACCUAUCCAGGGGGCCCAACACAGUUCGUUACCACACAGCUUUUAUCAUUGGAGAAGACGGAUACUUCAAAUCUCUGAGUCUCGGAGUAGCUCCCAGAGUCGCUGAACCUUGUCACCUAUCCGGGUAUGUCCCAGAGGUUUAUUGUCCCCCGCUUGUGUGCUCUUCUUCUUAUCUUCCAAGUCUCGUGCAACUCAACUAA